AUGGUACGAUGCGCUACUGCAAACACGGCCGCUACUGAGCCAGACCGUUGCCGCACGUACCACUUGUGGCUCCGUCUCGGUGCUUUUCUUUUGCUAUUGAUUAGCACUGCGUCGCUGAUGUCGGUGUUACCAGUGCAAAAGUACCUCGAGGCCACUUCGACGUGGGUAAAAGGCCAUUCUAUUCUGGGCACCCUGGCGUUUGUUUUGGUAUUUUGGGUAGCCGUGCCACUCUGCCUCCCAUCUACGGCGCUGGAAAUGAUGGCGGGGUCACUAUUUGGCGUUCCGUAUGGUGUCUUGGCAUCUGUCGUGGGGAAGACGGGGGGAUCCACGGUGACGUUCCUUUUGGCCCGAGCUAUGGGCAGAGACAUGAUUGGCACUUACUUACGGUCCAAGUUCCCGACGUUUCAAGCCCUGUCUGACGUGCUAAAUAGUCAGAGCUGGAAACCCAUUCUGCUCUACCAGCUGUCCAGUAUCCCGAAUGUUGUCAAGAUUUACACUCUCGCAAUCACUCCCGUGUCCGUCGCUCGAUUUGCACUGUCUGCGGCCGUGGGCAACGUUCCUCAUGCGCUCGUGUGGGCCUAUAUUGGUGCACAGGCAACUGACAUUGCAGCGACUCUGACGGGAAAGACGGAGAUGACAACGAGUCGGAUCCUCGCCAUUGUCACGGGCGUCUCGUUGACAGUAUUGGCGAUGACGAUCCUCGUCGUGUACACGAAACGGCAGUUGCACGAGCUGCAGCGGCGCGAGCGCCGUAGCGGCAGCGAGGAAGAACUGACGCUUUCGAUUACAACAGAGCACACGACUGUGUCGAGCGUGAAGGGUGCGCGGGAUGGCUAA